GGGGGGUUAGUUUUGUUUUUAAAAAGUUACCCUUUCUUUUCUGCGUACCUUCCUUCCUCUCCUCUCCUCCCUUUCCCUCUCUUCCCUUUUCUCUUCUGCCUCACACAGCCAUUGCCAAAGGGCGACUCAGGAAACCUCCGCCCCUCACCAUCGCCUUCUACUUCUUCUCCGCCCGCUGCUUCAGCCAUAAACAAUUGCCACCGCCCGUUCAAUUUGCCGCCGAUUUUCCCUUUCAGCUCUGCAUAUGUGGCCUUGUUAUUGGAUUCUACGAAUUACUUAUGGCAUCCAUUGUUGAUUGUCAAGAAACGUAUGUAUCUGGAUAAAUAAUGCGUGUUUCAUCGAUAUAGUGGUUUACGGUUACUGGUUUUAUUGUGACUCGAAAACCAAACUUAGUAAGUUUUCUUGUAGAUAUGAUUGACACAAGCGCAACGAGAUUACGAGGUGUCCUGUGAUAUCUCAACAAAGAAUGUUCAGGAGGCAAAUUUGACUGCUUGAUAAAAAUUGGAAUAUGGAUACACUUUCAACAGAAAUUCUCUGUGGUGAGAAAGCUAACGGGAGAAAAAAUAAGACCCGAAAGAGCAAGAAGGCAAGAGUUAAAGAUGAAGGCCGGAGCUUGGACCAGAAUAACAUAGAUACUCAAUUAAUAAAGCACAGUACUGAAGGAAAUGUGUUUGUGGACAAGCUGAUUAAAGAUGAAGUCCAAAGUGCGGGUCAAACUAAAAUAGUUACAAGGUCAAUGAAAAAACUUGCUGAAAGAAAUGCAACUAUUGAGAAGCCAAAAGAUAAAGAUGAGCACGAAUUCUUCUGCCAAAGGAGAGCAGACACAGGGUCAUCAGCAAACCUCUCUGAAGUAAGUGUGGCUACUGAGAAUCCAGUAUUACUUGAUGAGUACCAGAGUAAUAUUGAUACAGGACCAACAAAAAGUAUUGCUGAAGGAACUGUUACUGGGAAAAGGACAGAGAAACGAAAAAGAACUGCGAGGGGAGAAAUUGAUUCUGCCCAAUGUAAACCAAACUGUAGAAAUCUUGCUGAAGAAAAUCUGACCACCAAGAAAUCAAAGAUUAAAGACGAAGUCCAAAAAACUGGCCCGACUGAAAUGGAUAUUGGGAAUCUGAAACUUCAAGAUGAAACUCAAAGCAUGUGCCACACUGACUUGGACAAUGCGCAAGCACAAAGUGUCGUCACAAAGAGAAAAACAAAGAAGAAGGCAAAUGUGACCAACGAGAAGCCAAUUGUUAAAGAUGAACUCCGGACCUUGGGUCAGAUUCAAAUGCAUACAGGGUCAACAGAAAAUCUUGCUGAUGGAAAGGUUACUACUAAGAAUCCAAAAACUCUAGAUGAAGCUCAAAGUAUGAACAAAUGGCAGCCGGCAGAAAAUCUUGCUCAAGGAGAUGUAGCUCAAAAAAGAAUAAAGAAGAGGAAAAACAAGAAGAAGGCAAUAGUUAUUGAUGAAUUCCACAGUGAAAUGGAUACAAGACCAGAAAAUUUAGCUGAACGAGUUGCAACUCUCAAUAAGCCAGAGAUUAAAGAUGCAGAGCGAAGCGUGGGCUUGGCUCAAAUGGAUGUAGGGUCAACAGAAAAUGUUUCUGAAGGGAAUGUGAUUAUUGAGAAUCCAAAAGAUCAAGAUGAAUUUGAGAGCAUAGACCAGUUGGAAAUGGAUAUAGCAACCACACAAAGUCUUGAUGAAGGGAAUGUGACUGUGAAAAGAAAAAAGAAGGGAAAAAAACCCAAGAAGGCAGCAGUUGACGUUGAAUUCUCCAGCAGAAUGGAUGCAGGACCAACAGAAAAGCUUGCUAAAGUAAAUGUAAAUACCAAGGUUCUAGAGACUAGAGAUGAAGUGCCAAACAUGGGCCUGACUCAAAUGGAUACAGGGUCAGCAGAUAAUGUUGCUGAAGGGAAUGCGACUAUCGAGAAUCCAAAAGAUCAAGAUGAAUUUCGGAUCAUAGACCAGGCAAAAGUGGAUACAGGACCUACACAACCUCUUGCUGAUGGGAAUGUGACCGUGAAAAGAAAAAAAAGGCGAAAAAAAACCAAGAAGGCAAAAGUUCAGGGUGAAUUCUACGGCAGAAAGGAUGCAGGAGCAACAGCAAAUCUUGCUGAAGUAAAUGUAAAUGUCAGGAUUCCAGAAACUAGAGAUGAAGUGCACAACAUGGGCUUGACUCAAAUUGAUACAGGGUCAACAGAUAAUGUUGCUGAAGGGAAUGUGACUAUUGAGAAUCCAAAAGAUCAGGAUGAAUUUCAGAUCGUAGACCAGGCAAAAGUGGAUACAGGACCUACACAAAAUCUUUCUGAUGGGAAUGUGACUGUGAAAAGAAAAAAGAGGCGAAAAAAAACCAAGAAGGUACCAGAGACUAGAGAUGAAGUGCCAAAUGUGUGCUCAACUCAAAUGGAUACAGGUUCAACAGAUAAUGUUGCUGAAGGGAAUGUGACUAUCGAGAAUCCGAAAGAUCAAGAUGAAUUUCAGAUCAUAGACCAGGCAAAAGUGGAUUCAGGACCUACACAAAAUCUUGCUGAAGGGAAUGUGACUGUGAAAAGAAAGAAGAGGCGAAAAAAAAAUAAGAAGGCAAAAGGUCAUGCUGAGGGGAGGAGUGCAAUCCCAUGUCUUAAAAUGGCUCCUAUUGUUUCAUUUAGUAAAAAACUUAUUGUCCUUGAUAUAAAUGGUCUGCUUGCAGACGUAGUAUUCCCAGCACCAAAGCAUUAUACAGGGGAUAUCAAAGUAUUUGGACGAGCAGUUUUCAGGAGACCCUUCUGUGAUGAUUUUCUGAAGUUCUGUUUCCAGAACUUUAAUGUGGGCAUAUGGUCAUCAAGAUCCAAGAAAAUUAUUGAUAAAGUUGUGAGUUAUUUACUGGGAGAUCAAAAUGACAAGUUGCUAUUUUGUUGGGAUAUGACACAUUGUACAAAAACAGGGUUCAACACUCUUGAAAAUCGUCAUAAGCCCUUGGUCUGCAAGGAGCUGAGGAAAAUUUGGGAAAAGGAUGAUCAUAGUUUGCCCUGGAAAAAGGGAGAUUUUAACGAAUCAAACACGUUGUUGCUGGAUGAUUCUCCUUACAAGGCCUUGCUAAAUCCUUUGCAUACAACAAUAUCUCCCCAUCCAUACCAGUACUCUGACAGCAAUGAUAAUUCAUUAGGUCCCGGAGGCGAUCUUCGAGUUUAUUUGGAAGGUCUGGCAGCAGCUGAAAAUGUGCAGAAAUAUGUGGAGCAACACCCAUUUGGCCAAAGCCCUAUAGGUGAACAAGACAUUUCUUGGGAAUUCUACCAAAGGGUACUUCAACAGAUGUCCAACCACAAAACUUCGCAAUCCACUGUUAGUUGAGGCUUAAAUUAGCUCAAGUGGCUUUUGGCGUAGGAUGCUGUUCUCCUUUUGUAAUAGGAGUUUUGUGUAGUGAAGCCCAGAUCAUUACGCCUCUUGUGCGCGUCGGUAUCCGAUGAGGAAUUUUCCUACCGUUAUAACUACGGCAGCCGUGCACCGGAGCUUCGGUUGCCCGGCUCCCAGGUAGCAUUCCACCUUGGUUUGGUAUGAAGUUAGAAAGGGUAUUUUUGUAACUUUUACCGCAAAAUAUUGUCAUUAGAUACUAUCACGAUUAGGGUUGUAUACGAACCGAGCCGAGCCGAAUAGCUCCAGGCUCGGGCUCGGUUCGUGAAGAUUUGGUUGGGCUCGAGCUCGAAUUCGAGCCUAAAAAUGAGCUCGAGUUCGGCUCGCUUAUAUAAUACCAAGCUCGAGUUUGGUUCGAAUUCGGCUCGUUAAUUAUUCGUUUAUCUCGAGCUCGAGCUCGGCUCGUUAAUUAUUCGUUUAUCUCGAGCUCGGCUAGAAUUUCAAGCUCGAAUUCGAGCUCGGUUCAAAUUAUUUAUAUAUUAAGGUUUCAUUAAAAUAAAAAUUCAUAUUUGUUCAUAUA